AUGUCGAAGCGUAAAAGACAGAUUGAACCAACUGCAGAAGAUUUAUCCAAUGUUGAAUUCGAAACUUCGGAAGAAGUUGAUGUAGCGCACACUUUUGAUAGCAUGGGUCUGGGGGAAGAAUUAUUGCGAGGAAUUUAUUCCUACGGAUUUGAGAAACCUUCAGCAAUUCAGCAGCGUGCUAUCAAACAAAUAAUUAAAGGUCGUGAUGUUAUUGCUCAGGCACAAUCAGGUACUGGAAAAACAGCAACAUUCAGUAUUUCGGUAUUACAGUCUCUGGACAUAACAGUGCGUGAGACGCAAGCAUUAGUUUUAUCUCCAACACGAGAAUUAGCCGUACAAAUACAAAAGGUGAUGCUUGCUUUGGGUGACUAUUUGAAUGUGCAGUGUCAUGCAUGUAUCGGAGGCACUAAUGUUGGCGAAGAUAUUCGUAAACUUGACUACGGUCAGCAUGUUGUUUCGGGAACUCCUGGAAGAGUAUUUGAUAUGAUUCGACGCCGCAACUUGCGUACUCGCAGCAUCAAGAUGUUGGUUCUUGAUGAAGCUGAUGAGAUGCUUAAUAAAGGGUUCAAGGAACAAAUUUACGAUAUUUAUCGUUAUCUUCCUCCGGGUGCUCAAGUUGUACUUCUUUCGGCUACUCUUCCUCAUGAAAUUCUUGAAAUGACCAGCAAAUUCAUGACUGAUCCCAUUCGUAUUCUCGUGAAACGUGAUGAGUUGACACUGGAAGGUAUAAAGCAAUUUUUUGUGGCAGUUGAUCGAGAAGAGUGGAAAUUUGACACCUUGUGCGAUCUUUACGAUACACUUACAAUCACGCAGGCUGUGAUUUUUUGUAAUACACGCAGAAAGGUUGAUUGGCUGGCAGAAAAAUUGAAAGAAGCAAACUUCACUGUAUCAGCUAUGCAUGGUGAGAUGGAACAAAAGGAACGUGAUACAAUUAUGAAAGAAUUUCGUGGUGGAGCUAGGUAA